ACCAAAUCUGCAUCAACUGCUAACAUUCAGAUACCGUGAUGGGUGACGCUCAUAUGGCAGAGUUUGGGGCAGCAGCUCCUUAUCUGAGGAAGUCAGACAAGGAGCGUCUAGAGGCCCAGACCAAACCGUUUGACAUGAAGAAGGACAUUUAUGUACCAGAUGACAAGGAAGAGUUUGUGAAGGCUAAAGUAACCAGCCGUGAGGGCGACAAGAUCAUAGUGGAAACUGAGCAUGGCACGACAGUGACUCUAAAGGACAGUGUUCUGAUGCAGCAGAACCCACCCAAGUUCGAUAAGAUUGAGGACAUGGCGAUGCUGACGUUCCUGAAUGAGCCAGCGGUGUUGUAUAAUCUCAAGGAGCGUUACGCAGCCUGGAUGAUCUAUACAUACUCAGGUCUCUUCUGUGUGACAGUGAAUCCCUACAAGUGGCUCCCUGUGUACAAUGCAGAGGUGGUGUCUGCUUAUCGUGGGAAGAAGAGGAGUGAAGCUCCCCCCCAUAUAUUUUCCAUCUCUGACAAUGCUUAUCAGUACAUGCUGACAGAUCGUGAGAACCAGUCCAUCCUGAUCACCGGAGAAUCUGGUGCUGGGAAGACUGUGAAUACCAAGCGUGUCAUUCAGUACUUUGCCAGCAUUGCAGCCAUUGGUGGAAAGAAGGAUGCAGCCGGUGCCAACAAGGGGACUCUGGAAGAUCAAAUCAUCCAGGCUAACCCUGCUCUGGAGGCCUUUGGCAACGCUAAGACUCUCAGAAAUGACAACUCCUCUCGAUUUGGUAAAUUUAUCCGAAUUCACUUUGGUGCCUCUGGGAAGCUGGCGUCUGCUGAUAUAGAGACCUAUCUCCUGGAGAAAUCACGUUGCGUCUUCCAGCUGAAGUCUGAAAGAGAUUAUCAUAUCUUCUACCAGAUCCUGUCCAAUAGGAAGCCAGAGCUUCUGGAUAUGUUACUGGUAACCAAUAACCCUUAUGACUAUGCAUACAUAUCUCAGGGAGAGACCACGGUUGCAUCCAUUGAUGAUGCCGAGGAGCUGAUGGCCACAGAUAGCGCCUUUGAUGUUCUGGGGUUUUUUCAAGAUGAGAAGAAUUCCAUCUACAAACUCACAGGAGCCAUCAUGCACUUUGGGAACAUGAAGUUCAAGCAGAAGCAGCGUGAGGAGCAAGCAGAGCCCGAUGGGACUGAGGAGGCUGACAAAGUUGCAUACCUAAUGGGUCUCAAUUCUGCUGACCUGCUGAAGGGUUUAUGUCACCCUCGGGUCAAGGUUGGCAAUGAGUAUGUCACCAAAGGGCAGAAUGUUCAGCAGGUGUAUUACGCUAUAGGUGCGCUGGCCAAGUCAGUGUAUGAGAAGAUGUUCCUGUGGAUGGUGGUGAGAAUUAACACCACGCUGGAGACCAAGCAGCCCAGACAAUACUUCAUAGGAGUGCUGGAUAUCGCAGGAUUCGAGAUCUUUGAUUUUAACAGCUUUGAGCAGCUCUGUAUUAACUUCACAAAUGAGAAGCUCCAACAGUUCUUUAACCACCACAUGUUUGUGCUGGAGCAAGAGGAGUACAAGAAGGAGGGAAUCGAGUGGGAGUUUAUAGAUUUUGGCAUGGACUUGCAGGCCUGCAUUGACCUCAUAGAAAAGCCCAUGGGUAUCAUGUCCAUCCUUGAAGAGGAAUGCAUGUUUCCAAAAGCAACUGAUUUGACCUUCAAGGCCAAACUGUAUGACAAUCACCUGGGCAAGUCCAACAACUUCCAGAAGCCAAGGAACUUAAAAGGAAAGCCUGAGGCUCACUUUGCCCUUGUGCACUAUGCUGGCACCGUGGACUAUAACAUUAUGGGCUGGCUGGUGAAGAACAAGGACCCCCUUAAUGAGACAGUGGUGGGGCUGUUCCAGAAAUCCUCCAUGAAGCUGCUGGCACAUUUGUUUGCUAAUUACGCUGGUACUGAAUCAGAACAAGCUGCAAAGGGAAAGGGCACUAAAAAGAAGGGUUCUUCAUUCCAAACAGUAUCAGCUCUACAUCGGGAGAACCUCAAUAAGUUGAUGACAAACCUACGCUCCACUCAUCCCCACUUUGUGCGCUGCUUAAUUCCAAAUGAGACUAAGUCCCCAGGUGUGAUGGAUAACCGUCUGGUUAUGCACCAGCUUCGCUGUAAUGGUGUCUUGGAAGGAAUCAGAAUAUGCAGGAAAGGAUUCCCUAACCGCAUUCUUUACGGUGACUUCAAGCAGCGCUACCGAAUUCUGAACCCUGCAGCCAUCCCAGAAGGCCAAUUUAUAGAUAGCAGGAAAGGGGCCGAGAAACUUCUGGCCUCACUGGACAUGGAUCACACUCAAUACAAGUUUGGGCAUACCAAGGUGUUCUUCAAGGCUGGUUUGCUGGGUCAGUUAGAAGAAUUGCGAGAUGAACGUCUCUCCAGGAUAAUAACCCGCAUCCAGGCUCAGUCAAGGGGAGUCCUUUCAAGAAUAGAGUUCAAAAAGAUUGUGGAGCGCAGAGAUUCUCUCCUUGUUAUCCAGUGGAACAUUCGAGCCUUCAUGGGUGUCAAAAACUGGCCUUGGAUGAAGCUUUAUUUCAAGAUUAAGCCCCUUCUAAAGAGUGCUGAGACUGAGAAAGAGAUGCAGACCAUGAAGGAGGAAUUCCACAAGCUGAAGGAAGCUAUGGAGAAGUCUGAGACAAGACGCAAGGAGUUGGAGGAAAAGAUGGUGUCAUUGCUUCAAGAGAAGAAUGAUCUUCAGCUGCAGAACCAAACUGAACAAGACAAUUUGGCAGAUGCUGAGGAGCGUUGUGACCAACUGAUUAAGAACAAAAUCCAACUGGAGGCCAAGCUAAAGGAGCAAACAGAGAGAUUGGAGGAUGAGGAGGAGAUGAACGCAGAACUGACAGCCAAGAAGAGGAAGUUGGAAGAUGAAUGUUCUGAACUCAAGAAGGAUAUUGAUGACCUGGAACUGACUCUGGCCAAAGUGGAGAAGGAAAAGCACGCCACAGAGAAUAAGGUUAAAAAUCUGACUGAGGAAAUGGCUAGUUUGGAUGAAAUUAUUGCCAGGUUAACAAAGGAAAAGAAAGCCCUCCAAGAGGCUCACCAGCAGACACUAGAUGACCUCCAGGUUGAGGAGGACAAAGUCAAUGUGCUAACUAAAGCCAAGGCCAAGCUGGACCAGCAAGUAGAUGAUCUGGAGGGUUCUCUGGAGCAGGAAAAGAAACUUCGAAUGGAUCUGGAACGAGCGAAGAGAAAGUUGGAAGGGGACUUGAAAUUGUCUCAAGAGAGUCUCAUGGAUCUGGAGAAUGACAAGCAGCAGCUGGAUGAGAGGAUAAAAAAGAAAGAUUUUGAGAUCAACCAGUUGAAUGCAAAGAUUGAAGAUGAGCAGAACAUUUGUGCUCAGCUACAGAAAAAGAUGAAAGAGUUGCAGGCUCGCAUUGAGGAACUGGAAGAAGAGCUAGAAGCUGAGAGGACAGCUCGAGCCAAGGUAGAGAAGCUUCGCUCUGACCUAUCACGUGAGCUGGAAGAGAUCAGCGAACGUCUAGAGGAGGCUGGAGGAGCAACCUCGGUGCAACUGGAUCUGAACAAGAAGAGGGAAGCAGAGUUCCUGAAACUAAGGAGGGACCUGGAGGAAUCCACCUUACAUUCAGAGGCCACAGCAGCUGCCCUAAGGAAGAAGCAUGCAGACACUGUAGCAGAGCUGAGUGAGCAGAUAGACAACCUCCAGAGAGUGAAACAGAAGCUGGAGAAGGAGAAGAGUGAAUUCAAACUGGAGCUGGAUGAUGUGGCGUCCAACAUGGAACAGGUGGUGAAAUCCAAGGCUAACUUGGAGAAGAUGUGUCGUACGUUAGAGGAUCAGGUAAAUGAGCACCGAUCAAAAUCGGAGGAGACACAGCGGACUGUUAAUGAGCUUUCCACUCAACGAGCCAAGCUUCAGACUGAAAACGGAGAGCUAUCUCGGAGACUGGAUGAGAAGGAUUCACUGGUGUCACAGCUUACCCGAGGCAAACAGACCUACACACAGCAGAUGGAAGACCUAAAGAGACAGCUAGAGGAGGAAUCCAAGGCUAAGAAUGCACUGGCCCAUGCCCUGCAGUCUGCUCGUCAUGACUGUGAUCUUUUGAGAGAACAAUAUGAAGAAGAGCAAGAGGCUAAAGCAGAACUGCAAAGAACCUUGUCCAAAGCCAACUCAGAGGUAGCUCAGUGGAGAACCAAGUAUGAAACAGAUGCUAUCCAGAGAACUGAAGAGUUGGAGGAGGCCAAGAAAAAGUUGGCACAGAGGCUGCAAGAUGCAGAAGAGGCUGUAGAAGCUGUUAAUGCUAAAUGCUCCUCCUUGGAAAAAACCAAGCACCGCUUGCAGAAUGAGAUUGAGGAUUUAAUGGUAGACCUUGAGAGGUCAAAUGCUGCUGCUGCUGCAAUGGAUAAGAAGCAGAGAAAUUUUGAUAAGAUCCUUGCUGAGUGGAAGCAAAAGUUUGAAGAAUCCCAGACAGAAUUGGAGUGCUCUCAAAAGGAAUCUCGAUCCUUGGGCACUGAGCUAUUUAAGCUAAAAAAUGCCUAUGAGGAGUCUCUGGAGCAUCUGGAGACCUUCAAACGAGAAAGCAAGAAUCUGCAAGAGGAGAUCUCAGAUCUGACAGAGCAGCUGGGUGAAAAUGGGAAAAGCAUUCAUGAGUUGGAGAAAGUCCGCAAACAACUAGAUCAAGAAAAGAUGGAAUUACAGUCUGCCCUAGAGGAAGCUGAGGCCUCAUUAGAGCAUGAGGAGGGCAAGAUCUUACAUAUACAGCUGGAGCUGCACCAAGUGAAGGCUGACUUUGAGCGCAAGUUAGCAGAGAAAGAUGAGGAGAUAGAGCAGGCCAAACGCAACCACCAACGCGUGGUUGAUACUCUGCAGACAUCUCUAGAAGCUGAGACCAGAAGCCGUAAUGAGGCAUUGAGGAUCAAGAAGAAAAUGGAGGGAGAUCUAAAUGAAAUGGAGAUCCAGCUAAGCCAGGCUAACCGUGCAGCUACUGAGGCACAGAAACAAGUCAAGAACCUGCAAGGUUACCUGAAGGACACCCAGAUCCAGCUGGAUGAUGCCAUAAGAGCCAGUGAGGAACUGAAGGAGAAUAUUGCUAUUGUGGAAAGGAGAAACACACUGCUACAGGCUGAGCUAGAGGAGCUGAGGUCCCUUGUGGAACAGACAGAGCGAGCACGCAAGUUGGCAGAGCAAGAGCUUAUUGAGACCAGUGAGAGAGUGCAGCUCCUCCACACACAGAAUACUAGCCUAAUAAAUCAAAAGAAGAAGAUGGAGUCUGACCUGUCACAGCUGCAAACAGAAGUGGAGGAGGCAGUACAGGAAUGUCGUAACGCAGAGGAGAAAGCUAAAAAAGCCAUCACUGAUGCAGCAAUGAUGGCAGAGGAGCUGAAGAAAGAGCAGGACACAAGUGCUCACCUGGAAAGGAUGAAGAAGAACAUGGAACAAACUAUCAAAGACUUGCAGCAGCGCCUAGAUGAGGCCGAGCAAAUCGCCUUGAAGGGUGGAAAGAAACAGCUUCAGAAACUUGAGGCUCGGGUUCGAGAACUAGACAAUGAGCUGGAGACUGAGCAAAAGCGCAAUGCAGAGUCUGUGAAGGGCAUGAGGAAGUAUGAGAGACGCAUUAAAGAGCUCACCUACCAGACUGAGGAGGACAGAAAGAACUUGGCUCGUCUUCAGGAUCUUGUUGACAAGCUGCAGCUCAAAGUGAAGGCUUAUAAGAGACAGGCAGAGGAGGCUGAUGAACAAGCCAACUCAAACCUCUCUAAGUUCCGUAAGGUUCAGCAUGAGCUGGAUGAGGCUGAAGAGCGGGCAGACAUUGCAGAGUCCCAGGUCAACAAACUGAGAGUCAAAAGCCGGGAGAUAGGUGGAAAGAAAAGUCUGAAUGAAGAAUAAUCUGAGAUUCCUGUCCCAUCCCUGUAGGAUGCUGUGUCCAAGACCCUGCAUCAUGUAACUCGUCUCCUGUCUGUAGAAUAAAGUAAUCAAUCUGC